AUGUGGCGCAUGCGUGGUGGCGCCAGCAGGCGCGGGGGCUGCGGCGGCGGGGACGGCGGCGGGGACGGCCGCGGGCAGGGCCGCCCGGGCCGGGCUCGCGGGGGCGGCGGCGGCGGCGUAGGCGGCGGCGGCGGCGGCGGCGGCGGCGUGGGCUGGCGAGGCCGUGCGGGCGGCGCCCGGCAGCAGCUGGAGGAGCGGUUCGCCGACCUGGCCGCGAGCCACCUGGAGGCCAUCCGCGCGCGGGACGAGCGGGACCGGCAGAACGCGCGGCUGCGCGAGGAGAACGCCCGGCUGCGGCUGGAAAACCGGCGGCUGAAGCGCGAGAACCGCAGCCUCUUCCGUCAGGCCCUGCGGCUUCCCGGCGACGGUGGCGACGGGGCGGCCGCGGCCGCGGCGAGGGCCAGCCCGGGCCCCGACGACGCCGGCACGAACCGCGGGGCGGGGGGCGGCGGCCUCGAGGACGAGCCGGGCAGCCCCAGGGCCCUGAGGGCCCGGCUCGAGAAGCUGGAGGCCAUGUACCGCCGGGCGCUGCUGCAGCUGCACCUCGAGCAGCGGGGACCGCGCGCGCCGCGCCCGCGUGGCGACAAGGACGAGCCGCCCGUGCGCGCCCCCGAGCCAGGCCUGCGCGCCCCGGACGCCGGGCCCCCCGGGCCCUGGCUGUAG